AUGGCAAUACUUGGAUUUAUAUAUGAGGGCCCGAGACCCUAACAAUACCCUUUUUAUUUUGCUUUCACCUUAGUGCUCUUCCUUUAAUUAUUGCACAUAUUGUUGUAUAGAGAAUUUCUAACUUCUCUGUUGGUGGAUAUAAUUCUCUUAAUAGGAAGUGGACUCUCAUGCUUCUUGAUGUAUGUUAAAGGCGAGUGUGACUUCAGCAGAUUUUAAGUUCAGGGACCCUAUGAAGUGGGCUAUAAGGAAUUUAGGACUAAGGUCCUAGAUAAUGAAGUCUCUGUUUUCUACCCAGUUGAUAAAGAUGUUUACUACUCCCAAAUAAAAUAUAAUAAUGCAUUCUAAUAAAGACACGGAGAAAAAAAUCUGAAAGGACUUGGAAAUGCAAGUGCUAAAAACAUGGGAAGGCAAGUCAGACUGCCGCUAUUUAUGCUAAAAUAUCAACAGUUCAUUAAAAUGGAUGUUGUUGAGAAUGCUGAGGUGGCAUCUGAUUUUAUCAUUAAGAUUGCAGAUUAAAAUGGAAAUUUAAAUAAUGAUUUGUGCAAGCCACUAAUUCCCAUUAUUUUUAGUCAUGGAUUAAGCAGCAAUCGUAAUUGGAAUAGUGCAACAUAUAGAAACUUAGCCAGUCACGGAUACAUUGUGUUUGCCAUUGAUCAUAGAGAUGAGACUUCUCAUUAUACUGAAGGUGCUGAUGGAAAAGAAAUUUAUUAUAAUAACUCGUGGCAUUCACAUGAUCUCUAACAAAGAACAAAAUAACUCGAGAUCAGAAAACAAGAGAUGAUUGCUUUAAUCGACUAAAUAUGCGACUCAGAUUCCCUAGUAAAUAAUGAACUAAGGUUUGAAGGAAAUAUUAGAAUUGAUGCUUCUAAAUUAAUUGCUGCUGGACACUCGUUCGGGGCAAUGACAUCAUUGAGACCUCAUAAAUAGAUGAAAGGAUCAAAGCUCUUUUAACUCUAGAUCCCUGGCUCUUUGUUAAGCAAUAACCUAUUCUUGAAUAAACAUACUCUGUCAAAGUUCCAAUUUUUAUCUUGUCCUCUGAAACAUUUACUGGUAUAUGCGAAUAGUGGUAUGGUGCACGAAGUACGCUGA